AUGACCGUUGACAUCCUGAGCACCAUCUUCGAUCUCGCCGGAGCCACGGAGCAGUAUCACCUGGUCACAGCGGCAAUAGAGCAGAUCACACCCUUACUCGCCCAGUUCAUAACCCCAACGACACCCCCUAUGUACACGUACAAGUUGAGACGUGCGGCAAUAUCGUGUGCGGGUAGGUUAGCUAUACAGCAUGCCAAGACCUGUAGUGCGUUGCUGCUUAAUACAUUGCUGCCAGCGGUGUGCCAGGCAAUGGAGGAAGCGUCUGCCGUGUAUGUCAAAGCUGUGGUGUUGGGCGAGGGAGAAGAAACCGACACUAGCGGCGACGACGGGGAAUGCGGUAGCACAGAAUUGCUGUGUGCUGGCAUCGAGGUGUUGGUUAACGUCACCUGUGUGCCGACAUACAAGAAGUUCUUAAAGACCAACCAAGGAAAUCUGUCGUACUUGGUGCUGGGGUGCAUGCAGAUGACGGAGGAACAGCACGAUACAUGGGGAGAUGAUGUCAACGCAUUCCUGGCUGACGAUUCGGAGGAAUCGAUGUCCAACACAGUUAGAAAUCUCUGUAUCGGCCUGAUCUCCGCCAUGAUGGAAGCUCUCCCUAGGUCCACCAUUGUGAGCUUGUUCACCAGCACAAGCAAACGGCUACAGGAGUCACAGGCCAUGCGCAUGGCUCCGGGCGGUAGCAACGAUAAGCUGUGGUGGCGCAUAGCGGAGGGCGCGUUACUGGGGCUUGGCAGCGUGGGGAAUAUCAUCCAGGACGAAAAUUUGCACAAGAGCAUGGCCUCGGUAGACAUCAACGCCAUAGUACAGUCUGUAUUUGCGGAAUCUCUCACACAGAACAAUGUACCGUAUCUGAUUGGGCGCACGCUGUGGUUUGCGGGACAGUUUUCGUUUGCUCUGAAUGCCGGCACACACACGCUGGUGGUAUCCCACAGUGCCACCGCACUCGGGGGUGACUUCCCCAUGCCCGUGCGUAUCCUCGCACUCCGCACGGCCAAGUCUGUGUGCGAGGACAGCGGCAAACACACCGACACGCUCAAACAAACACUGCUACCAGCCCUCUACGCCACACUGCCGGCGCUACUGCCCGUGGCGACUGAAGAGCUGCUGCUGCUGGUGUUGGAUCUGUUGGCACUGGCGAUUCCUAUAGACGCUCAACUGGCAGCCAAAUACGAGGAUAAGCUGUGCCCCAUGGUCGUGGCGGUGUGGAUCAAAUUCGCCAACGAUCCCGUCCUGUGCACCUACAUAUCGGACGUGUACCUGUCGCUGUCUCAGACACCUUGCCUGCCCAAUCUCAUCCGGCGCUCGCUCUCUCCCAUUGUGUCCGUGCUCAGCAUGGCCGAGGGCCAAGUUCUUCCAGGCAUGCAGGCCAGUGCUGUGGACUUCCUUACCACCAAUGUGCGCGCAUGCUCCACGCCCAUUCCCGAUGUCUUGGUCUCGACUGCGCUUCCGGCACUCAUGAGCUUUCUGAAUCGAACAGAGGUAAGUGCGUUGCUUGGCAACGGAUCGGGAGUGCGACCGGGUGUUUUAGGGGUUUAG